AUAAUUUUCGAAGUGUCAUAUUUUUGCAAAUUUAAGUACCGAGAGUGCUAUUUUUCCAAAUUUCCCCUGCAGUGGCCACCGCAGCAAUGGAUUUUUCUCCAGAGCCGAUGAUGACGAGGCAAAGCCGGCGGGAUAGUACCGUCAUCGGUGAGCUCAUCGCGAAGACACUUUUCAACCUUUGAAAGCUGUAUCUAGAUGGAAUGCAACUCCGCUAAGUUCAUAUAUACUCACACACAAGUGACAAAUAUGGAAAGAUCAAUCGAUUUGCAGUUCUAAGUUGAAGCUUCAGCGAUGGCGAGUGGCGGCGUGGAGGAAGCGACGAAGCUGAAACUGUAUUCGUACUGGAGGAGCUCUUGCGCUCACCGCGUUCGGAUUGCUAUGAACUUGAAAGGGCUCCAUUAUGAAUAUAAAGCAGUUAAUUUACUCAAAGGCGAGCAGUUCAGUACCGAGUUUUUGAAGCUCAAUCCGAUUGGUUAUGUGCCAGUGUUGGUGGAUGAGGACAUUGUAGUUUCUGACUCUUUUGCUAUCCUAAUGUAUUUGGAAGAGAAAUAUCCUCAACAACCAUUAUUGCCUCGUGAUCUUCAAAGAAGAGCGAUCAACUACCAGGCUGCAAAUAUUGUUUCCUCAAGCAUACAGCCUCUUCAGAAUCAAAAUGUACUGAAGUACAUUGCAGAAAAAGUUAAUCCUGAUGAGAACCUUGUUUGGGUUCGGUAUCAUAUUGGGAAGGGCUUUGAAGCUCUAGAGAAGCUAUUAAAAGAUUAUGCUGGGAAAUAUGCCACUGGAGAUGAAGUCUACCUGGCAGAUUUGUUUCUAGCACCACAGCUUUGCGCAUCAAUCAAAAGUUUCAGUCUUGACAUGACUCCGUACCCUCUUCUAUCUAGGUUGAAUGAAGCAUACAAUGAGCACCCUGCUUUCCAAGCUGCCAUGCCAGAAAAGCAGCCGGAUACGCCUGUUGAGGUAAGAGGCUGAGAUCUGAAGAGCCAUCUAACUUUAGAGGGCCCCUUCAAAGUAAAGCUACUUAAGCAGAUCCUAUCCCAGAGCUUCGAUGUUUCUAGCAGAUUAUAUUGCCCCAAAGCUCAUAUUAGAAUAAGCCCGGAAUAAAAUGAAGUCCUGUAGCUAUGUCUGAAACAUCUAAGCCAUAUGGUUGCUGAAGUUCAACUCUCUUGUUGACAUUCUUCAGCAGAACCAAACAUGUACUAAUGUUUGUGGUUUGAAGUUCCUUGUGUUAAAACUCUUAUGUUCUGCUGUGAUUAAUAUAAAGCUUUCCUAUUUCUCUUA